AUGUCUGCGCGUACGCCUGCCUUACAUUAUAGCUGCUGUGUUGUCUUCUUACUAAUCAUAGUUCACACGCAUGGAGACAAAUUUAUAUGCAGCAGAGAUGGAUUGCUCGCCGAUUAUGAGUCGGAUUGUGAAGAAUAUGUGCGGUGUUCAUCAGGAAAAGUGAAAGGACGCUAUUCGUGUCCAUCGGGAAGAGUUUUCAGUGAGGUGGCCGGUGCGUGCAUCUUGAGCCCGAGCCGCGCCUGCACGCAACGUAUCUGCGCGCCUGGAGAAUCCUUCGCCUACACAACCCCAACGACUGCCUGCCGCCACUAUUAUCGCUGCGAAAAUGGUACCGUGACAGAUCACACUUGUCCGAGUGGCUCUUGGUUCGACAUGGACAGACAAGCUUGCUCCCGAGGAGCCGGCACUUGCUACGAACCUUUAUGCGCUGGGUUACCAGAUGGAAAAUAUCCGGAUUCGUCGAGCGAAUGCCGCCGUAUAUUACAUUGUCGUGGAGCGGAAGUACGGGCCGUGGAGUCCUGUAACGGUGUGUGUACGAACAACUGUCCGACGGCGAGAUCUACCGCUAUUCCUAUACCGGUAGGCGACGCAGACUUUUGUUCUGAUGAAACGUGCGCUUCGUUAUGCCAGAACGCAGAAGACGGCGCCUACGCUGAUCGAUCUACCGGUUGUCGUGAAUACUUCGUCUGCAAAGAACAUCGUGUUAUCAGCCGCGGUGUGUGUGAACCGGGUUUCUUAUUUACCGGUACCGGUUGCGAAACAGCCGAGUGGAAUUAUUGUCCACCUCCAGCACGCAGUCCUUGCUUCAAUCGGCAAGAUGGUCGGUAUAGAGAUUGGAAAACGUGCUCGUCGUGGUAUGAUUGCCGGCGCGGCAGAGUUGUAUCACGAGGUGUAUGUGAAGCUGGAAGAGUUUUUGAUGGUCUUAACUGCGUAUCUGAAAAAAGGUUUCAUUGCGAGGGACCCGAAAUAUCUAAGCGUUGUAAUGGAAUGCCAAGCGGUACUUAUCAACAUCUCGAUUCUAACUGCAGUCAAUAUUACCACUGUGAGGGACGCUUGCAAUUUCUUUUUACCUGUCCUAAUGGGGAAGUGUACGACGGCUCAAAAUGUGUGUCUAGUUAUCAAUACGUGUGCCCUAAUUUAGAAAGGGACUCCUGCUAUGGGCGAGCUGACGGACGCUAUCGCACGAAAGAUGCCAGCUGUCGGGCUUUUUACGCUUGCAUCAACGGUGAAAAAGCCAUGUAUGCUUGUCCCGUCGGUCAAGUAUUUGACGGAAAUGGAUGUGUUCCAGAGCGUUUAGACCUGUGCCCUCAUAAAGAAUACUCGUGUGCUGGAUUAAGCGAUGGGUAUCACGCUGAAGUGGAUACAAACUGCCGCAGAUACUUCUUCUGCGAAGGUGGUGACAGAUUAUCGACAAUGUCGUGUCUAGGGGGCAAAAUAUUUGACGGCCACGCGUGUGUGGAUCCGGCACGUCACGUGUGCGGCAGCCCAAGACGGCCGCACGCCGACCACAGUGGAAGGCAUUGCGAACAAAACGGCUUCUAUGUCGUUCCCGGCAGCAAAUGUAAAAAAUAUUACUUUUGUUUAAGUGGUCAAAAGACCCAUUUAACGUGCCCCAUGAUGCAACUAUUUAACGGGGACGUCUGCGUCCCUAACGAGGAAUACGUUUGUCCCGAUUGA